AUGAAUCAAUAUUUUACAAAACCAAUCGAUGAAGGAAUGUAUGCAGAUGAAACCGGUGGAAAUUGUGAUGAUUAUGAUGAUGAUAUGGGCGUUGGCAGUGGUGAAGCAAUGAUGCGUAUUGAUUCUUCAUCAGCUACUGGUUAUAUGUCGCAUCAUUUAUCAUUAAUGGCAACAGAAAAAAUAGUUCAUGGAGAUUUUUUUAAUGAUUUUGGUGAUCUUUUCGAUACAGACAGUUUUGCUCUUAAUGCUACAACAACAGGACAUGUAACAGCUUGA